UUUCCGGGACUUCCGUGAAGCUGACAGCCGCCGCCGUCAACAGACCGUCGAGGCGUCAUGGCGGCCGCUGCUCCGGGCACCAGCAGGACGGGCGACGGGCCCGUGAAGAAGAGGACGGGCCCCGGCGCGCUGGCCACGGCCUACCUGGUCAUCUACAACGUUGUCAUGACAGCGGGGUGGCUGGUGAUCGCUGUGGGGCUGGUCAGAGCGUACCUGGCCAGAGGAAGCUACCAUGGGCUCUACUACUCCAUAGAGAAGCCUCUCAAGUUCUUCCAGACUGGAGCUCUUCUGGAGAUUGUGCACUGUGCUGUCGGCAUCGUCCCGUCCUCCGUGGUCCUCACGGGGUUCCAGGUGAUGUCCCGGGUCUUCCUCACCUGGGCCGUGACUCACAGCGUCAGGGAGGUGCAGAGUGAGGACAGCGUGCUCCUCUUCGUCACGGCGUGGACCGUCACUGAGAUCAUCCGCUACUCCUUCUACACCUUCAGCCUCCUGAACCACCUGCCCUACGUCAUCAAGUGGGCCAGGUACACCUUCUUCUUCUUCCUGUACCCGAUGGGCGUGAGCGGCGAGCUGCUGACGAUCUACGCGGCGCUGCCCGUGGUGCAGAAGACGGGCCUGUACUCCGUCACGCUGCCCAACAAGUACAACGUGUCCUUCGACUACCACUGCUUCCUCGUGCUCGUCAUGGCCUCCUACAUCCCCCUCUUCCCCCAGCUGUACUUCCACAUGAUCCGGCAGAGGAAGAAGGUCCUGGGCCUCGUGGAGGACUACAGCAAAGUGGAGUGAGUCCAGCAGCCUGACAGACCGGCCGCAGGGCAGAGAGCCCCGCAGGACGAAGAUCAAAGAGCAGCCGAUCUGAACAGGUGUACCUCGUGAUGUGCUCCAGGUGUUUCAUUAGCAACACGACUGGAGCUGGUCCGCGGCUCUGAGGGAUCGAUGACCUUAGUCCUGUGAGCUGGUGCUGCGUUCAGGGGCCGUUGGGAUUCACCCUCUUUUCUUGUCUUCUUUCAUUCAUUUCUGAGUACAUUCCUGGUCAAUAAACUGAUUCAUUGUG